GUGGGUGCGUUCCCGCAGCAACAGGGAAGAUGGCAGCCCUCACAUCUCUCACCCAGUUGUCAAGUGGGAACCCAGUAUAUGAGAACUUUUACAGACAGGUGGAUCCUGGGAAUACAGGGAGAGUCGGACCCACAGAAGCUGCCUUGUUCUUAAAAAAAUCCGGCCUACCAGACAUUACUUUGGGAAAGAUCUGGGAUUUGGCGGAUCCAGAUGGGAAAGGCUACCUGGACAAACAGGGGUUUUACGUAGCUCUGCGACUGGUGGCUUGUGCUCAGAGUGGACAGGAAGUCAGUCUAUCCAGCCUCAACCUCACAGUACCUCCCCCCAAAUUUAAGGACACCAGCAGUCCAUCUCUGGGCAGCACUGCUUCUGUCACUGGAGAAUUACACUGGGCUGUCAGGCCUGAGGAAAAGAGUAAAUUUGAUGGAAUUUUUGAGAGCUUGGCACCAGUCAAUGGUCUGCUGUCAGGAGAGAAAGUCAAACCUGUGCUCAUCAACUCCAAGCUACCUCUGGACGUCCUUGGGAAGGUUUGGGACCUCAGUGACAUAGAUAAAGAUGGUCACCUGGACAAGGAUGAGUUUGCAGUGGCAAUGCACCUGGUGUACCGGGCCCUGGAGAAGGAGCCAGUCCCAGCACUGCUCCCCUCAUCCCUCAUCCCUCCCUGUAAGAGGAAGAAGAGUCUCGUCUCAGUGGCAGGUUCAGUACCAGGCCUGCCAGCAAGCCCUCCACCUCCCAAAGACUCACUGCGCUCCACACCUUCCCAUGGCAGCAUGAACUCACUGAACAGCACCGGCAGCCUUUCCCCAAAACACACACUCAAGUCUGGACAGCAUUCAGUCAACUGGGUAGUCCCAGUUUCAGACCGUGGUCGCUAUGAUGACAUCUUCCUGAAAACAGAUGCUGAUCUGGAUGGUUUUGUAAGUGGACACGAAGUAAAGGACAUCUUCAUGCAGUCUGGACUAUCUCAGAAUGUCCUUGCCCAUAUAUGGGCUCUUGCAGACACUAGGCAGAUAGGCAAACUGACUCGGGAGCAGUUUGCCCUUGCCAUGCAUCUCAUCCAACAGAAAGUCAGCAAGGGCAUCGACCCUCCACAGACCCUGACUGCUGACAUGAUCCCUCCCUCUGAGAGAGGCACUCCUGUGCCUGGUAUGUCAGGAUACAUGACCCCAGUGGGAUCGGAAAUGGCUGCUCUGUCUGAGAUGAGACGGGCUAUAAUGUUCAAGCUGUGGGACAGUUCCAGUUCAGUGGGUUCAGGAGAAUUUACUGGCAUCAAGGAGCUGGAUGACAUCAGCCAGGAGAUAGCUCAGCUGCAGAGCACUCUUGCCUUUACCCAGUGGAAUACUCUCAGGGAAAAGUACACUCUGGAACAGGACAUCAGGGAAACAGAAGAGGCCAUCAGACAUAAGACUGCAGAGGUGCAGGAAAUGCAGAAUGACCUGGACAGAGAGACAGCCAGCUUACAAGAGCUGGAGGCUCAGAAACAAGAUGCCCAGGACCGUCUGGAGGAGAUGGAUCAGCAGAAACACAAGUUAGAAGACAUGCUGAAUGAAGUCCGCAUCAAGUGCCAGGAAGAAUCUCAGAUGAUCUCAACACUCCAGAGCCAGAUCCACUCCCAGGAAUCAGACCUGCAAAGCCAGGAGGAGGAGCUGAGCCGGGCAAAGGCUGACCUGGGCCGACUACAGCAGGAAGAAAACCAGUUGGAGCAGAGCCUGGCCGCUGGCAAGAUCCAACUGGAGACCAUCAUCAAGUCUCUGAAGGCCACACAGGAUGAGAUCAACCAGGCUCGCAGUAAGUUGUCCCAGAUCCAGGACAGCCAGCAGGAAGUGUCUAAAAGCAUUGAGCAGUACAACAGCACCUUGAACGGAACCCACGGGGGCAGCAUGACCAACCUGGCUGACAUGAGCGAGGGCUUCAGCGACAGAGAGAACGGAGCGUUCCCAGCCAUGGUGAGAGCUGCACAGGAGGAUCCAUUCAAAGUGAAGCCAUCAGUAUUCAACAACCAGUCUCAGGAGCUUCACACUGACCCCUUCCACUCUGAAGACCCCUUCAAAACAGACCCAUUCAAAGGUGACCCUUUCCAAAAUGACCCCUUUGCAAAGCAGCCCACAGCAACUGCAGAUCCUUUUGGAGGAGAUCCAUUCAAAGAGACAGAUCCAUUCAAAGCCUCGUCAGAAGAUUUCUUUAAGAAAACUACAAAGAUGGAUCCCUUCUCCACACCUGAUCCUUUCAGUAAAAGUGCCACGUUACCUUCCAAGCAAACCAGUCACUUCACAAGCAGUGAUCCAUUUUCUUCAAGCAACCCAAAACCCAAAGGGCCAGACCUGUUUGGCACAUUAGACCCAUUUGGCAGCAGUUCCUUCAGCAGCAGUAACAGCUCAGGUGGUUUUGCAGACUUCAGCCACAUGUCAAAGCCCAGAGACCCUUUUGAAGGCCGGGCCAGCUGGCUACCAGACUACCAGAAGUCAGUUUUUGCAGAUGACCCAUUCAGUAGGAAGAAUGACACACCAGCUCUGCCACCUAAGAAAAGUGUUCCCCCAAGACCCAAACCUCCCAGUGGUAAAAGUACGCCUGUAAGCAGUGACCCCUCCAAACCAUGUGACCCUUUCCAGCCAUUUGGGAGCGACGCCGUUGACCCAUUUCAGGGCAAAAAGGGCCUCGGAGACCCGUUCAGUGGCAAAGAUCCUUUCGCCCCAUCAUCAGCUUCAAGUAAAGCCUCUAAAGACUCUACCUCGGGUUUUGCAGACUUCAGUUCUUUUGGGAACGAGGCUCAGCAGUUGGAAUGGGCCAAGCGGGAGAGUGAGCGAGCAGAGCGCGAGCGGCUGAAGAGGCUCCGGCAGCAGGAGCAGGAGGACCUGGAGCUGGCCAUCGCUCUCAGCAAGGCCGAGAUGUCUAACGCAUGACCUGGACCCCCCCAGUAACCCCCACCCUGCCAGAGUGACACAAACAAACUCACACAAUGCAUAGAUAGGCUAACACACAGUACAUAACAUGUGCAAAGCGACAAACAUAGACCUGACUUACAUGUUAAUAUGCAGACACAAAGCACAGCACUGGACUAACUCUGUAUUUCAUAAAACCUCUGGUCCACACACACACAGAGUACUCCACUAUUUACAUUCCCCAGUACUGAACAGAAAGAAAAAAGGAAGUUUGGCCACUGACUUGCAUAAAAAAACACCACAACCCAACUGUUGGAAACUGAACUCAUCGGUACAAAUCUCUCCUGCUGACAUAAAGAGACUGAUAGUUAAAAGAUGAAGAUAAGAGGAAGAGGAUGGCAGCAGAGGAGACUUACUGGAAACCUGAAGACGGACUGCUUUUCUGCACUAUAUCAACCGGACAGUAAUGUGACAGAUCCGUUUAAUGGACUGAACAGACUAACUGACAGAACACCCUGACAGUUUGUGUUUCAGUGUGGGGUUUUUCUCCAACUUCACUCACCAAGUGGGAAAACUGGGGUGACGACAAGCAGCAGUGAAGAAGAAUAACACUAAAAUUCAGACUUUCAAGGUAUUUGGGGAAAAAAAAAGAGGGAUUUAUUUUACUGAUGUGAAACCAGUGUAACGUGGUUCUCUCAUUGAAGUGCCGAUGGUACAGACUGUGUCAGUUUGUAUUUAAGGUUAGAAAAUGCUGAAAAAUGAGGGGUCGCUGAGUAUCAGUGUAGAAAAGACAGGGUUUGGCACUCCUCAGGAUUGAGAGUAUCACUUCAACAUGUUCUCUGUAUUUUUAGGAAAUAUUCUCAUUAACACACGUUCGCAUGAGAAGUGAGAAAAUUGAUAUCAGUUAACAUUUCCCACUUCUGCUGGAGGCUAACUGAUUCUCUGCUUUGUGCUGACAGUGGCCAAACUCACACUCAGAUUACAUCGAUUCAUCUCGCUAAAUCUCGCUCCAUGUAGUUACGUCUGCUAAGCUUUCACACCCAGCAAGUCAUUUUAUGGAGUUUUUUUGUAAUGUCAGAGGGAAAUUUUACAAAGGAAUUAGUAGAAAAUUUCUGUUAAAUUCUCGUUAAACGUCAGAGACAAAUAGAUUAAAAGGACAACAUUAUUCAUGUAUGAGAACAUUAGCAGCGUAGUUUUAGUUUGACUUUGUGAGAAGAGCUCUCUCACCAUUGACUUUAAAAAUACUGACACAGACUAUUCCAAAGAAAAUAAUUGCUAAUAUCUGUUAAAACUUCUGAAUCACAAUGUACAAAAGCUACAACCAUAAUAUAGUAUUAAUUUGAUAAAAACAAAGUAAUAAUAGUAACUAGCUUAGCACACAAUUUUUUGAGUUACUUAUGUUUUAACUUUAAUACUGCAUAUUAUGCAGACACAGAAGAAACAACUGUAACAACAUAGUUACAACACAAAGUAAUACCAGCAUCAAACCUUGAAGCCAACAAAGGAGUUUUUACUGAUCAAAUUAACACUAUAUUACUACUCUUAUGUACAUAAAUUUACUAUUUCAUUUGGAAAAUACCUGUAUCUGAUUUAAUUAUUUAGUUACCAAAAUGUCAUGAAAUAGCAAAACAUAUUGACACGUUCUCAGGCACACCAAAAAUACACACAAAAUGUUAUGUUCAGUCAGCUUGUGUCCAUGGUUGGUAAAAACCUCCAGAAUUCUUUGUAGGUCUCCAUAGAAUAAAUCACUUAGAUGAUUUCAAGUAGGAGAUGAAUCCAUUUUCUCUCAUUACAGCUUAUCCCUCUCUAAACUUAAAAAAAAAGAGCGGACAUUAUCACUUGUUCUGAAAGCUUAACAGGUCUGUGUAAAUUACAGAUGAUAAUAUAAGAGCAGACUGGAGCUGUUCUUGAUGAGAUCUCGGCGAAAAAUCAGUUGAAUUUCUAACUUCUUAAUGUAAAACGUGGGUGUAAUGAAGAACAUUUUCCAAAACAUCACUUUGACUUUGACUAGACAGACUAGGUAAAGAGGGCAACUCACAGACCCUCAGGGGGCCUCGAGGUUCACUGUGUGGCACCUUUUGUGGUAACUUGACUCGCUGAAAUGUAAUUUGCUCAUUCCUCCGUACACUGGUACCCUCUAAUGUGACGCCUGGCAAACAAGGUGAACCCUGUGAGCUGUCAGCAUGUCCUUUGGAGCGACACGAACUAACUGUACAGAUAUAUUUACCUUGUCCGUGAGUGGGCGACGGUACUGUGGACGUUCUGCAGUGCUGUCCGACCCUCAGGUCAGUGUACAUAGAUAAUCUGAGCUAACUAUGCCUCUUCUCAACAGCUGUACUCUGAUCCUAAUGCUGUGAUGGUAACGCCACAUCCAAGACCUGGAAGGCACGAUGAGGGAUUUAAUUUUUCUACUUUUGUUGUUUUCACUAGAGAGAGCAAAAGGAUUUUAACAGUUUUUAUUUCAUGGGUGGUGAUUUUAUUAUUUUGACAUGUUUUUGUUUUAAAAGAACAUAAAUGUAAAGUCAUUUUGUGCUAUCAUUUGUAGUUCAUGUUUUAGUCACUCUAGCUUUCCUCUGGCCAGCAAGCACAAGCUGCAGCUUUACAAAAGGUUUGGAAUGAGCAGAAAUCUAACCGGAAACUGGAAAUACUGUUCAUAACAACUGUGUGAUAGUUUGUCGUUCCAACAUGGACUUAACCACUCAUUUAUUUUUAGUUGUCCCUCUACUUGAAGUGGUUGCUGAUAUCCACACUAGAAUUUUUCUGUACAGAACAGAUUCUGUUGAACAUAUUUUCUUUAUUUCAGAGUCCCUUGUUGUACGCAGAUGUCAUGACGUGUUUCAUACCCAUGUUACGUUUGUGUUUUAUUCUUGAGUUAGUGCAGAUAGACAAACACAACAAAUGUAUUCCUCCAUCACUUUAAAGGUUCAGUGUGUAACAUUCAGUGACAUCUAGUGGUGAUGUUCCAGAUUGUCUCAAACUCUCUCACUUACAGGGGUCAUAAAAAACGCAACAGCUGCUCUUCUGAGAUUUGUAGUUAAGGAGAAAUUAACUCUGGACAACUCUUAGAUUAUGGUAAUGUAGUUUAACACUUGAUGCCACCCGCCAUUAAAGCAAAAAGAAGAGGUUUUCAUUUUUAGCUGCUCUAGAAACAUGGCGGUCUCAGAGAUUAUAUGCUAAAGAAAACAUAAUACACAAUAGAUUCCAAUUCUGUUGCUGUAUCUUCUUAUAUCAUAAAUCUUGCACACUGGACCUUUUAAGGGAUGAGAUAUUAAGAUCCUCGUUUGUUUUCCUCAUUAUCAAAUUGGUAAUGAAAAGUCACGCUUCAUCAUCCUGUACGGAAUAGCUUUCCCAGUUCAAGCAUUUCAGUCACUGGUGUUGAUACAGUUUAAUACAGGAAGUAUCUUGAAAACUCUGCUUGGCUUUAUCCAGGGUAGGAAGAAAUUAAUGUAAGGCAAGUGCAAAGGAACAAAUAUAUUUAUCUUUGUGUUAUUUAGUGUUGCAUUUGCUUGUCUUGGAUGACAAAUUCAAUACCGGUACUUUAGAAGUCAUGACUGAAAGAUGGAAGAGCUUUCACUAUUACCCAGAUAUUUACUGUACUUGUGUGGAAUUGCCUUGUUAUGGAAAAAAAUGCUGAAAAUCCUCUCAAUGUGAAUUGAAAUUGGUGAGAAAAGCUACAUUUACAUUUGAUGUGCAGCUGUGAUUCUGCCAUAUAGGAAUGUGUACUGCCUCUCCCUGCCAGUUUUUGACUUGUUUACAUAUCAUGAAUAAUUACGUUGCUGUAGCUGUUACAAGCUGUGUUGAUGUAAAAGAGCAGUGUCUCUGGUACAAUGUAAGCUUCUCCCUCUGAGCGGUACACAGCUAACACCACCUGAACAGCUCAGAGCCACUAAACCUGUUUCAGAUCUUUGCUGUGUUCCUGUCACACUGUUGUGAAUAUGUAUAUGAAGACACUCAUUAGAACCGUUCACAUUUCUGUGUUGAAACAUUAGAUCAUUAGCUGCCAGCUACCUAGCUAGCCUUUACUUUUAAUAUGGAGUAUAGCACUGCUAACGUUACUAAGAAGGUAGAUUAAAUGCAGUGCCACAUAAAAACACACAGCUGACAACAUUAUACAUCUUUUUUAUAUUCAAAAUUUCUAAAAUGAGAAAUGGAGCUGGUUAGUGUAACCUUGAAUGUUAUGCUGGGCACUAGCUUCACUAGCUAGUUGCUAGCUUGUCGCCACAGUACUCAGUAGUUUUAAUAUGAAGUUCGAACAUUUUUCACAAGGUUGUUUACAAUUUCUUUCCCACAUUUUUCUGUAUCUUUCAUAUUGUUUAUAUUCACAGGCUCAUCCAUUUCCUAAAACAAAAACUGACAGUGUUUAGCAUAACAUCAACUACCUAACUCACUUCUGCUACUGUUAACCACUUGCAGUAGAUAGUUUUAAUCUGAAAUGCUGACAUUUCUAAUAAGGUGACUCAAAAUUCACAACAAUGGGACAGGCCAUUCACCCCAACAAUAACAACUGGUUAAAAAUGUCAAAGUAUUGAAUUAACAUUAGCUUCAGUCUGUUGUGUUUUAAUUACAGGCAUGUGGCUCAGUUAACUGCUGUGAACUUUCCCUAUCAUCAUUAUUGUUAUUGCAGAUUUGCCGCAAAAUACUAUUUUAACACCCUGUUUUGUUUGUGUGGGCUGGGUGGUGAUAUUUUUACACAGAGUAAAUAGCCACAUACAGGAAGCGUGAAGCUUUGCAGAAAAUAUUACAGUAGUAAAUGCCAAAUGUUGCCUACAGUACGUUCUGGGCCAGGUUCACUUCCUGGCUUCAUUAUCACUGUUUCUGAAUUAUUUAGGAAGUAGUCUUAAACUUAAUGUAACUAUCUUUUAAUGACUAUCUGAUACAAAAACAUAUUGCUUUAGACUACACGUUAAAUGAGAAUUUUAUGUGUCUUUUAGUUGAUACCAAACAGUAUUGAGUUAUCUCCAGCCCUCCAGGGUUUUUUUUUCUCUUCAUGCAUUUCCGUUCACCUCAGGCUACAGCUGUGUACUGCUCAGAGCUGUCUGUUACAGACCGCUAACAUCAUUCAUACUGUCUUCUGAUACCUCCAUUGUGCAAUAGAUGUUUAUUUUUAUUGUAUGUAUCCUGUGAAACCAGUCUAAUGUUUUUUUUAUGUUUUUUGUAGUGUACGUUUUUAAUAUUAUUUAUGCACCUGCCACCGCUGACUACAUUGUCCCAUAUUUGUAGAGGAUGUUUUUUGCUUUGAUUUCAUUCCAGUUGUUGCAGAAUCUAACCUUUCAGUCCAAAAUGCCUGUCAUCCAUUUUGAGAAAAGAAAAAGUGAUCAUUACUUGUUUCUUUAUUUUUAUUCAGCAAUUUGAACAGAAGGAAAAAUAAUUUUUAGAGAAUGUCAUUUGGAAAGUAUCAGUAUUUGAGAUUUAAUGUUUAUUUUAUUGCUUUCUCAAAAUGGUGAAUAUUUCGUUUUGGUAUGGAGCCUUUGGUUUCAGUCAUUACUAAUAUCUGAUGCUUGAUAGAAAACAGCCAAAACUGAAUUUUAUGGAACCUUAUUGGUUUGUUUACUAUUUCAUAUUUGAUUCUUAUCUGAGUUUUUUUUUUUUUCUGCCUUCAACUGCCCUUCCUGUCACAUUGGCGAAGUAAUCUGAGCUAUCUUCAAGAAGAUGCAUACCAUGUGUAUACAGUCUGUAUAGUAUCACGUCUGUUAUAUUUGUCCUAAAAAGUGAAGAAGAAAAAGUAAACUCGAUAAUGAACCCUUUGGAGGAUUACCUUCAGUAACACUAACAGCUGAGAAGAAAGAGAUGCUGGUUUAUUUUGAACAGUGGUCCUCCCCACAUGAUCUGUACUGUUUACUAGAAUAAACAUUUCAGUUAAA